GUGGUAGCCAAUGGGAGAGGCGGGGCCGGGCAUCGGCAGCCAAUGGGAGCAGUGGGGCGGGGCUGCGGGGUCCCGGUGGCGGCGGAGCGGGAGGAGGAGGAUGGCGCUGGCCAUGGCGCUGCUCCGCCGCUGCCUCCUGCUCGGGCCGCUGGGGCUGCGCACGGCCGGCGGGCAGCACGGGGACGGCUGUGGCCACACGCUGCUGACCCCCCAGAGCGGCACCCUCAGCUCCAGGAACUACCCGGGCACGUACCCCAACCACACAACGUGCCGCUGGCGGCUCCGGAGCCCCCCCGGCACCUUCCUCCUCCUCACCUUUGGGGAUGUGGACCUGGAGCCUUCGGAGCGCUGCGCCAGCAGCUCCCUGCUGCUCACUGACCCCCAGGCCGGCAUCUCCUAUGGGCCCUACUGCAGGAACACUGCCCCGGCCACCCCGCUCCUGGUGACCAACUCCAGUACCGUGACCGUCCUGUUCAACAGCACCAGCCACCGCUCCGGACGGGGCCUCCUCCUGUCCUAUGCCACAACGCAGCACCCAGACCUGGUCUCCUGCCUGGUUCGAGGCACCCACUACACCCAGGAGCACAUCAGUGUGUACUGCCCCGCCGGCUGCAAGGACAUCGAGGGGGACAUCUGGGGCAACCCCAGCCAGGGCUACCGGGACACGUCGGUGCUGUGCAAGGCGGCCGUGCACGCCGGGGUGAUCGCAGACGAGCAGGGCGGGCAGGUCACCCUGGCACGGGAGAAGGGCAUCACGCUCUAUGAGUCGGCCUUUGCCAAUGGGCUCCACUCCAAAAGGGGAUCCCUCUCUGAGAAGCGGCUCCUGUUCCAUAAAGCCUGUGCCGAUGCGCUGGACGUGGCUGCCUUCAACGCCUCGUCCUGGUGGCACGAGGUGGAUGCGCUGGGCCAGGACCGAGCCUGGGGGCCCCAGCGGGCAGCGCUCAGCACCACCGGGCACUCCUGGGCAGCAGAACCCGGCUCUGGUGCUGCUUGGCUGGAGCUGGACCUGGGCACCCGCAGGAACAUCACUGGCAUCAUCACCAAGGGCUCCUCGGAGCAGCACGACUACUAUGUGAAGUCCUACCACGUGUCCUCCAGCCGCGAUGGGAAGAACUGGAGACCCUAUAGGGGCAGCAAUGGGCAGGAGGACAAGCUGUUUGAAGGCAACACCGACAGCCACGGGGAGGUCUCCAACGCCUUCAUCCCCCCCAUCGUUGGGCGCUACGUCCGUGUCACACCCCAGAGCUGGCACCAGCGCGUGGCCAUGAAGGUGGCCCUGUUGGGAUGUCAGUCAGCGCGGGGCCGAGCGCCCCGGCCCUAUGCACCCGGUGUUCCCAGGGAGGUCCCUGUCCCCACCAGCCACGCACCCAUCCCUGGUGUCGCCCUGGACCCGGAGAAGGCAGGCUCCAGGCUGCUGCUGCUGCUGCUCAUUGGCGGCUUUGUGCUGCUCUGCUCCAGCCUCCUGGUGCUGGCUUUCCUGUGCCGCAGGAAGAGAAAACCAGCGGCGGAGCUGAGCUGUGGGAUCAUGAAAGGGCACCCCAAGCUGGAUCCAAGCCCGGUGUGCUCCCUGCAGACCCUGCCGCCCCCCGGCUCCACGCUGGCCUCCUUCCCCACAGCGCCUGUGCCAGGGGACCUGAUGUCACCAGACUACGCAGAGCCAGACCUGGUGCAGCUGAGCCCCGGCAGCCAGCCCGCUCCCUCCACCUUCAAGCCAGCCCUGGAUGAAGGCUACGCCCUGCCGCUGGUCCUGAGCCACUACGACACCCCGGGGAGGCACCACGAGUACGCCGAGCCGCUGCCGCCCGAGCCCGAGUACGCCACCCCCUUCACCGAGCCCGAGCCCGCCGCUGCGGGGGUCCCCCUCGCCCCUUCACUACGGUACCACACUCCAGCCCCUCGGCCCGCCGAGCCGCCGUGGGGAGGACCCGGUGGGGCGGCGCGGGGUGACAGCCCCGGGCUGGAGGCGACGCUGUCACACGUGUACCACGAAGCGUUGUGAAGCCGGGAGGGCUCUUAACAACACCCGUGUUUAAACACAUGUACUGUGUCUGUAGCGGGAGCGCUGCCGCCGGUACCGCUGCCAGCACACGCAGGGUCCUGGUGCCACUGCUGCCCCCGGUACCAGUCCUGCUGCCAAUGGUACCGGUACCAUCGCAC